AUGACGCUUCGUCCAUUGAUUCAAAGGGCCCGGUCGGUCUUUCAUCGAAGAAAAGUCGACAAUGACGAGGCUGCAAGUUCUUCGGUCGACGUGGACACAAACACAGUAGAGCCAGAGAAGUCAGAUGGGCCAAUAACCCAUCCUGAGGAGGCACUUCCAAAUAAUGGUGCCGAGCUGCCCGGUGUGCCCUAUGAAGAGCUUCAACACGGUAUCCAGGAGGUUGAGGCCGUGGCUCAGACCUGGUCUAAAGCGUCCUUGAUCUUCGUUUUCAUCAAUAUGUGGUUCCUUUACUUCACCUAUGCCUGGAUAUCGUCGGUUGAUGGUAGCUUGAGCACUUAUGUCGCUAGCUCUUUCCAACAACAUUCAUUAUCUGGUCUUCCGACCGCUAUUGCAGAUGCUUUCUCUGCUGCCGUUUUUCUUCCCGUGGCUAAAAUGGUGGACACUUGGGGUCGAGCCGAAGGCUUCCUGGUAAUGUCGAUUUGUGCCACCUUGGGCCUUAUUCUCAUGGCCUGUUGCAACAGUUUCCCUCUAUAUUGCGCUGCAAAUGUGUUCUAUUAUAUUGGCUUCGGCGGUAUGCGAUUCGCUGUGGACGUUAUCACCGCCGAUCUCUCACAGUUGAAAAACCGAGCCCUUGCAUAUGCUUUCACAUCUUCUCCAUAUAUCAUUACGGCCUUUGCCGGACCAAGAGUGGCGGAUCUUUUCUACGCCAAUACUGGCUGGAGGUGGGCCUAUGGAACUUUCGCGAUCAUCUUUCCCAUCGUGGCUGCUCCGUUGUUUUUCGUCCUAAAGUUCAACCUGACAAAAGCCAAAAAAGGCAAUGCUGUGGUUAUCAGAGAGAACAGCGGACGGUCAUUCCUUCAAAGCAUCUGGUUCUGGACUCUCGAGUUUGAUCUAAUCGGAGUUUUCAUCUUUACUACGGGACUUGUCCUAUUUGAGCUUCCAUUUGACAUUGCUAGCGAGGCUCCCAAUGGCUGGGGCACAGAUUAUAUUAUUGCCAUGAUUGUGGUUGGAUUCUCAAUGCUUUUUUUCUUUGGCUUCUACGAGAGGUACAUCGCUCCUACCCCGUUGCUCCCUUACUCCUUCCUCACAAAUCGGACCGUCGUCGGCGCAUGCCUCUUGGAUGCCACGUACCAGCUUUCAAACUAUUGCUGGAACAACUACUUCUCGAACUUCCUUCAAGUGGUCAAUGACCUCACUAUUGCCGAAGCUGGGUAUAUCGUCAACACGUUCGACGUGGUUUCUGGUGUACUUUUGUUCUUUGUUGGGUGGGCAAUCCGGAAGACCGGUCGCUUCAAGUGGCUCCUUUAUAUUUCUGUUCCUCUAUAUAUCUUUGCCCAAGGUCUGAUGAUCUACUUCCGUCGUCCUGGCCAGAGUAUCGGGUACCAAAUUAUGUGUCAAAUCUUCAUUUCAAUUGCCGGAUCAAUCUUCAUCAUCGUUCAGCAGCUUGCUAUUCUCGCUGCCGUUGAUCAUCAGCAUGUUGCUACAGCCCUUGCCUUGCUCAGUGUGGUUGGUACCAUUGGAGAUUCUGCAGGUCUUACGAUAUCCAUGGCAAUCUGGAACAACACAUACAAGAAGGCCCUCACUUGGUACCUGCCAGACUUGUCAAACUUGGAGAUGAUCUAUGAAGACCUCGAAACACAAUUGAAGUACGCUCCCGGUACGAAGAUGAGAGAGGCCAUCCAGAAAGCGUAUGGCUACACACAAGUUAGGAUGCUUUCUGCUGGCUUGGGUGUGAUGGUUCUGGCGUUCGCGUGGACUAUUAUGAUCAAGAACAUCAACCUGAAGAAGGUUGCUCAGGUUAAGGGUAUGGUGUUCUAA